UAUUCCAGAAUAAAUCAACGUAAACACUAAAUAACUUUCACAAUUUUUUCUUGCCAUAAAAAUAUAUUCUGUCAAGAUUAUACAGGUUCAAAGUAAGUGAAAGAUAACAUCGGGCCAUUAAUAACAAUAUAAUAAAAUGAUCUGGAGGGCCGAAUCUGGCCCCCGGGCCUUGACUUUGACACAUGUGCUGUACAGCAUCAAAGCUGAACUCAUCAUUUGAUUGAAACGAAAAAAAGUGUGAUCCUGUGUGACCCGCUUUGCCCCUGUAUUUACGUCUGAAAUCUCAAAAAGGACUCACUUCCUCUGACAUCUGGCUCGCCACAUCCUGGUUCAGAAAACGCUGAGAUGCUUUUCAACGGUUCUCCUGUCAGCUCUGGCUCCGCUCUCAGACAUGCUCUUGUAGGACAUCUCUUCCCUCAACCUCAGCCUGGCUGCACGCACACAUUCACUGUCUGAUAAAUAAUUGCAUGCCAUGGUCGGCUACUGUCCAACCUGCGGGAAGCCUGUCUACUUCGGUGAGAAGAAAAGGUCGCUGGGCAGGGACUACCACCCUCUUUGCCUGAAGUGUUUCAGGUGCAAGAGGCAGCUCACCGCCGGACAACAUGCUGAGUAUGACGAGAAGCCGUAUUGUUCCAACUGCUAUAUGAAGCUGUUUGGCCCAAGAGGCAACAGGUGACAGAUGUGUCCAUGAUGUGGAGCGUCAUCCAGAUGGAGCUUUCAAUUUUGUAAAAUUACAUUUUCAAUAAAGGUUUGAUGAGUAUGUGUUUCA